AUGACAGGUCGCGAGUCCCAUCGCAUUAAAGAUGCCGAGAAGAAGCGUGUUCUGGAUGCCACCGCCCGACAAAGGCGGGCCCGCAAGGCUCUGGAGGCCCUGGAGCAGGACAACUUCCACGACGACCCCCACGCCGACCUGGUCAUGUCAAAGAAGCUGCCCAAGUUCCAGGACAACCUGAAGACCGGCAAGGAGAAGAAGGGCAAGCGCAAGGGCGCCGAGUAUUUUCGUGCCAAGUAUCGGAAGAAUUUCCAGCAGCUCCUUGAGGAGGACAAGGACAAGCGGCCAAACUACGAGAGUGCGUCGGCUCCGGCUCCACAGAAACCCGUCCGGCACUUCUGCGCAGUCUGUGGGGACUUCUCGCUCUACUCGUGCACCGCCUGCGGAACGCGAUACUGUCGGGUGAGGUGCCUCAAAACGCACCAGGACACGCGUUGCCUCAAGUGGACCGCCUAAAGAUGGUUGUAUCGUUAACAAUAAAUCAAAGCCUAGAAGUAAA